AGAAGCACCAGAAACAGCUGGAAAGGCAACAACUAGAAAAUGAAAAGAAGAGGAGGGAGACGAUUGAGAGAGAGAAAGAGCAAAUGUUGAGGGAGAAGGAAGAGCUGCUGGUGAGGCUACAAGAGUAUGAAGUGAAGACUCAGAAGGCAGAGAAAGAGCUCUCAGAUCAGAUCCAGAGAGCUAUUAAGCUGGAGGAGGAAAGGAGACGAGCCCAGGAGGAAGCAGAGCGUUUGGAAGCUGAUCGUUUGGCUGUUCUGCAAGCCAAGGAAGAGCUGGAGAGACAGACUAUUGACCAGAUAAAGAGCCAGGAACAGCUGGCUACAGAGCUUGCAGAGUAUACAGCCAAGAUUGCACUUCUGGAAGAGGCAAGGAAGCGUAAAGAGAGCGAAGUUGAAGAAUGGCAAAUCAGAGCAAGGGAAGCCCAGGAGGAUCUGGUAAAGACAAAGGAGGAACUGCACUUGGUAAUGACUGCUCCACCUCCACCCCCACCUGUCUAUGAGACCGUGAACUACCACGUUCACGAUAACCUGCACGACGAGGGGUCCGAGUACUCUGCCUUCAGCGCAGAGCUGUCCAGUGAGGGCAUCAGGAACGACCGCAACGAGGAGAAGCGCAUCACUGAGGCCGAGAAGAACGAGCGUGUACAGAGGCAGUUGAGGGCACUGACAGAUGAGCUGGCACAGGCUAGAGAUGAAGAUAAGAGGACCCAAAAUGAUAUUAUCCACUCAGAGAACGUGCGGCAGGGACGUGACAAGUACAAGACACUGCGACAAAUCCGGCAAGGCAACACCAAGCAGAGAAUUGAUGAGUUUGAGGCAAUGUAAUGAUGCUUAUAACAAGAAAGCAAGACUGUGGGAAAGGCAGAUCUUAAUGCUGUGUUUUUGUUUGUUGUUGUUUUCCCUGAGGAGGGGUUACUAUGAUAUUUAACAAAUGUCCUCUAAACCCAGAGGUGUUUGCAUCUCCCUUUCAUUCCAUCCUGUGUGUUAAAUUUGAUAUAGUUAAAAUUCAUCGUACCACUGAUCCUGGUAACUUGCUCAUGCCUUUGCUUAGUGCCAAAAGGCCUUAUGCUUAUGUCACAUCUCUCUUUAAGCAACACAAACCUGCAUCGAGUUGUAGAUGCGGGUCCUGUGCAGGUGCUGGAUUCAGCUGGGUCUAAAAAUAAGCAACUGUGGAUGAAUUUUGUGCCAUAUGUCUGUGUUACAGUCACAGUGUAAAGUCCAACAGUUGAGAAGACAACUCAGGAACUGCAAACACCUGUGUGUGUGCUUGUGCAUGCACCCUGUUUUUUUCCUUCGUCUUCAUGCCCACCUUCCCCUGAUACACAAAUAAAAGAACUGACAACACCUCAGAACUACUUUGCAUGGGAAUAAGGCUUUUUCUGGUUACUGUGCUCAAUUGGAGGUAUUCUGCAGUGACAGCUCACCAGCGUGGCGUAGGAACACUGACACCCUCCUUCCGUAACAACUAGGCAGAUACUCUGUUGGAAUAAUACACUACCGUGUUUGCAUUCCAGCUUCAUUACUGAUCAGUUAUAGUGUAGUAUUUAUAUAUAUAUAAAAUAUGCAAUACGUGGAUUGCUGUACUAGUUUAAAAGGGGAAUAGUUUUGCUCUGUAUAUUUUGUUACUUUUCAGAUUUAAUGAGACUUGCAUCUGUAAAGAAGUCUAAACACUGUAGUCUGCAGUGCAACUGAUUAUUUACUAUAAAGCAUUAUUUGUAAAGAUCACUUUUUUUACUUAAUGAUGAAAAAUUGAUAUGUACACAUGAUCCAAUAUAUACAAUUUUACUGCACCUAUUUUUCUAACAAAUUUUCUAAUUUUUUAAAUGUUUGAUUUAAAGUUUCAGACUCCAAACAUGAAGGGACUGCUUGUUUAUAUCACAGUUGUAUUCUCUCUAUUAGAGAGCAUUUCUGUGACUAUUCCUUCCCCACUAAUCUCCCCCUUUCCUUGAAAAUCUGUUAGAAAGUGAGAUACAGUAUGUUGUCAGCUCUUCUCUUCCAUUUACAACAUCUAUGCUGCUUUAUACUCCAGUUGAGUUUUGUUGUGUGGUGGUUUUUUAUUUGCAGCAGCAAACAUCUAAAUAAAAGAUCUGCAGAGUAACAAAG